UCCUGGCUUUGCGAGCAGCGCAAGACUCGUCAAACCAUGUGCACUGGGGGCUUUGCCAAAUGCCUGGGAAUCAGCCUCAUCCCGCUGGCCGUCCUCUGCAUCCUCUGCAACAUCCUGCUCUUCUUUCCCGGCGGUGUGCCGGCGGAUGACAGCGCACACAUCACCAAUGAGGUCUUUUACUUAGGUGGCAUUAUUGGCUCAGGAUUUUUGAUGAUCUUCCCAGCCCUUGUCUUCCUGGGCCUGAAGAACAAUGACUGCUGCGGUUGCUGCGGCAACGAGAGCUGCGGGAAGCGCUUUGCGAUGUUUACUUCCAUCAUCUGUGCUGCGGUGGGCAUUCUGGGGGCGGGGUACUCUGUAAUAGUCUCCGCCGUGGCCAUAAACCAAGGGCCGAAAUGUGCCACAGAAUCACGCAACUGGACCUACCCAUUCAGCAAUGGAAACUACCUGAGCAACCACUCAACAUGGGACUUGUGCGAGAGUCCAGCCAACAUCGUGGCCUGGCACCUCACCCUGUUCUCCCUGCUGCUGGUGACGGGCAUCGUGCAGGUGGCGCUGUGUGCACUGCAGACCAUCAACGGCCUCAUCGGAACCAUCUGUGGAGACUGCUGCGGGGGAUCUGGGUGAUGAACAUCAUGAGACACUACAAUCCAACUUGUGUUACCAGCACAAUCACACAGGGUUUUAGUCUUCUGAUAGCGAAUUAUAUACAUUUACAGAGUAUUUUCUUAUUUUCAUUUUGAGGUAUAUUGAAUUUCAGUUAAUACUGAGCCCUGAAACACUGCUUACCUGCACUAAUUACCAAAGACGCUUCUAAUCCAUAAAUAAACCAUCUACCUUUUCAAAACCAAA